AUGGCAGCACCUGCCCAAACUGCUGUCCUCUUUAAGGAACUACGGUUAACUCUUCACUCAAUUCUUGAGGAGCUGAUCAGAAAGCCACAUGCGGCAAUUGUAGUUGAUAAUGAAGUCCUAAAGUCUAUACUACAUUUAUUGAUAGAAGAAGACAACCCCACCAA